AUGGAUUACCGGAUAAAUAUGUUCUUGAGACAGAGAUGGACUGACCCACGACUUCGGCACAAUGUGAGGGGAGAUCCAAUAGCGCCAGAUGCAACAUAUUUGGACAAAAUUUGGGUUCCAGACUUGUUUUUCAACAACGAAAAGUCCUCUCGCUUCCAUGAUAUAACUCUCAAAAAUAAGCUCGUGCGAAUAAGUCGAGAAGGAGAGGUUGUUUACAGUAUGAGGAUCACGCUCGUUCUCUCCAGCCCUAUGUCGCUGACAAAAUUUCCGAUGGAUACGCAAGAAAUUUACAUGCAACUGGAAUGUUUUAGCGUCACCAACCGCGAAAUCGACUUUGAGUGGGACGAGAAAAAAGAAGGCGGGCCUUUUCAAUUCAAUGAAAUUGUUCUUUCGGACUUUUCUUUUGAUCCUAAAGGGAUUUUACUUGGGCAAUGUGACAAGAACUACGAAAGUGGGACUUUCAGCUGCAUCGAAGCAAAAUUUGUCGUCACUCGUCAACUCGGCUAUUACAUCAUCAAUAUUUUCAUCCCCACUCUACUCGGCGUUGUUCUCAGCUACAUGAGCUACUGGAUUGACCCGAGAAAUUCCCCUGCUCGAAUUUGCAUCGGUGUUUUCGCUAAUUUAGGCGUAAAUACAGUAGCUACUUCAGGGUCACUUCCCAAAGUUUCUUAUAUCAAAGCGAUUGAUGUUUGGUUCUUUGCCUGCCAGAUAUUGACGUUUAUUUGUUUGGUGGAAUACGCAAAAGUGAAUGUGUACAUCCGAGAUCAUAAAUUUCGCGAGCAACAAAUCGAAAUUGCCAGGAAAAAAUAUGACGCGCUUAUUCAAGAAGAAGAAUCUCAGGAAGACCCAGACGACUGGUUAUUUGAAAUUAUCGGCGAAGAACCCCCGAGGAAGAAAACUGAGCUUCCUGAGUUUCGCUACGAUGAGCUUCCGCCUGUUCCGGAUGCAGAGUGGUUGGAUGAAAAAUUCAGACUCUGGAUUCCUAUCCUUCUGACUCUUUUUGGGUUGCUUGUUAGGGCACAACAAUGCUCCUCAGGAGUCAAGGAUCUUACAAUGACCCCGGGAUCAACUGGUGAAGAUGUGGCUCGAGCGACUUAUGGAAAAGUCUGGGCAGAGAUCUCAACUUGGGAUCCGAAAUACGUAGAUCGUGACUUUUUUGUUCGUUAUGCUUACACAGAGAGUAUCAUUGAGCAUCAAUACGUUCAGCAAAUAUGGCCAAUCGACGAGCAACAAUUCAAUUCAACCAAAAAUUCUGGCAUGAAAAGCGCUGUUUCGACUACGUUCAAUGUCGACUGGGACGUGCUUGAGUACGAUGAGCUGACUAUUCCGACCUACUCAAUGCUUGCGCUAUUUCUGCACCUGGAUGAUCUUAAUUAUUUUCCGAUUCCUUUCUCCAUCGAUGCUCAAGGUGCGAUUUUCGAAAACAUCACUCAUCACACUGUCGACGGUUUCAAGGAUGCUACUGAUGAACUCGAUCUGAUAACUGAAAGUGAAUGCUUGACGAAAGCUCUUGAUAUUGUCUUCGUCGUCGAUCAGUCGGGUGGUGGAACAAACACUGCCGAUGCAAUCGAUGCUGCGCUCUUAGAUUUCGGAGCUGACAGACCAGAAUCCGCGAAAUUCAUGGUCACAAUUACUGAUGGUGCCAGUAACUCAUUCGCAGCAACAAAAGCGGCAGCAGAUAGAGUCAAAGCAAAUUCGAAAAACAUUCAAUCGUUUGCUAUUGGAGUUGCUGGAGCAAGAGAGGAUGAAUUGGAGGCCAUUGCGACAUCCCUUGAUCACGUUGAAAUGCUUGAUGGAUUUGGGGAUUUCGAGCCAAUCAAAAAGAAUCUUUUGAGCAAAAUCUGCACGGGCAAUAUUGAGAAUAACAACGGAGGAGACACUCAAAUUGGGGGAAGCACUGGUACGCCUGGAAAAAUAACUUAUAAAAUUGGAAUGACUGGAAAAGACAACUUCGACGUGAAAGCUUCUGGUCCUCUUACCUUCUUCUACCAUCGAAGUAAUCCUCAGCCCGGCCCUGCCGCUUACCAAAAGAUGUUCAACGCGACUUCUAGUAACUUAAACACUUGGAUCAACCACAAUGUUGGCUCCGGUCACUCUUUCGUCUACCUCUCCGCUUACAACUACAGACCGUCCAAAGCUAUCGUCUCUCUGCAAAUCAAAAGCGGUGGAUCAUCUGUCCCACUUGACCCAGAACCAGUCAUGUGUUCUGCUAAUGCUUACUGCGAUGGUGGCACCUGUGAAUGUUUCCCUCAGUAUUCACUAGAUGGUUCUGGGAACUGUGUUUUUGAUCGAUGCGCGAAUGUGGAUUGCUUCAAUGGAUAUCAAUGCGCUGAAGCAACAGGAACAUGCUUUUGCCCAGAUGAUCAUCUCCAGUUAGACGGAAACUGCUAUCCUGCGACUUGCCCAGAUUCCGUUGUCAAAGUUCAUGAAAAUGAAUUCGGCAAUGCAAUGGGCGAGCUAAGCUCCCCUUGGCGAGAACACGCAGUCGACUACCCGAGUAAUUUCAACUGCACUUACGAGUUCGAAACUGUCAGAGCUGAAGGCAGCUGCUAUGAAGUUCUGUUGGAAAAGCCUUUCGGAAUCGAGGCUUCAGCAAACUGCCAAAAUGAUCGACUCGAGAUUUUUGACGUCUUGAACGCGGAUCAAGUGAAUAUGGAUCACUCUUCAACUCGACCUGCAGGUGCAGCAGUUAUGUGUGGAGAUGCAUGUAUUGCUGAAGGCGGCUGGGUUGGAAAAAUCUGCGGGGACAAACUCAAAAUCCGAUUCAAGACUGAUCAUAUUGCAGAGGACAUUGGCUGGAAACUCAAAUGGGUCCUUCGACCAAAAGAAGAAUGUGAUUGUCUUUGCAAUCGACCAUGA